GCAAGAAGACUGUAGGACUCACAAAUGUAUCUGCAAUUUUCAGGAGGGGGGAGGAACUGUGGUGUUCAUGAGCUCAUCUGUGCCAGAAGAACAACAAACUGUCAGUGGAGAGUCCUGACGAUCUGUCACAUCUCAGUGGCUAUAAGAACAGCCAGCCAGUGCCUCUGAUGAGCUAAUCUAGUGGUCGGCGUGGUAACGGGAUCCCCGGCUGAGAGAUGGCCUUCUUCAAAAGCUUCCAGCAGAACCUACCAUCUGUCAACAUUUCCUCCCUCUUGGACACGGUCAGCAGCCGCGUGGAUGACCUGGCCAAUGCUGUCAGUGAUGUCACUUAUGCUGUCAGUGACCAGCUGACUGAGGGGGUCACCACUAUCAUCCAUAAGGUUCAAGAGGAGGAAGAUGGGGAGAACGCCAGCGGCCAGGAGUCCGGUCAGACUGCCACAGCGCAAGAAGGGAAGGCCAGCAAUAAAAGCAUGUGGCAAAUGACUAGAGACUCAGAAACAGGCAAUACAGGCUCCAAAAACAACCAAACCAGUGAUACAACAGAGGCAGAGUACAGUCAAAGUCAGCUGGAGUGGGAGUGGAGGGACGGAUGCUGGCGAGUUAAAAAGACAGAGGCUGAGAUAGCAGAGGAAGAAAAGAGGAAGAAAGAGGAAAAAGAGAUGCAGGAGAAGAGAGAGCUGAGGAGAAAAGAAAAGAGGGAGAAGCAGCUGGAGAAAGAAGCCAAGAAAAACAAAGAGGAACACCAAGAGGGAAAAGAAGAGACCAAAGAAGAAGAAGCUGAUAUUUUAGAGAAAACUGACGACACAAGCUCAAAAGACAGAAAAGUAAAUGACAGUGGAGACCCAUCCACUGGUCAGCAGAAAAGUAACGAAUGCGACGAAUCUCCUCAGUCACCUGGUACUGAAACUGAAUUAUUAUCAAAACAGAAAAAGCAAAAGGAUGAGGAAGGAGAAGAGGAAGAGAGGAAGAACAGCCUCGAGAGAGACGGAGAUGAUGAGGAAGAGAUUGAGCUUUCUAGAUCUACCUCAAAAAGAAAAAAGAAAAAGUCAGACAAGAAGAAGGAGAAAGGUGCAAAGGAAGGCUCAAAGAAAUCCGAAAAAGCCUCGGAUGGGGAGAAAAAGAAGGAUAAAGGCAAGAAGAGCAAGAAGAAAAAGAAAGGCAACCAAGAGGGAGUUUUAUCAGACAGCGAGGAGGACAGAGGCCCCGAGGCAGCGGCACAGCAGAACACAACCUCAGCGUGGAGCAGCAAACGCAAACAGUCCACGGAGCAGGGAGGAUACAGCAGUGAGGCCUCCAGUGAACGGGCAGCCAACAGCAUCCAGAGGAUAAAGAAGGAGUCUUCCCUCAAUGAGCUCCAGCCUCCUCCGUACCAGGACGAGGGCUCAGCUGCAUGCGCAUCCUCUCGCUCUCGUUCGGAGCGUGGGGUUAGGAGGGGGUCGUCCCCACAGCGCUGCGACAGCCCCCACUGCUCCAGUGAGCCCAGUGUGGACCAAGACACUGAGAGCUACCUCAACAAGGGCUGUGAGGAGGACAUACCCAGUGAUAGCACUGCGGUGCUGGGACCAGAGGAUGGUUCUGGUCCUCACCUCCCCACAGCCUACGAGCCAGAGCCACUUGCCAAAUACGGCACGUUGGACGUCGCCUUCGAGUACGACUCCGGUGAGCAGUGGUUGGCCGUCACGGUCACUGCGGCAACAGACAUCCCCGCUCUCAAACAGACAGGGAACAUCUCGUGGCAGGUCCACCUGGUCCUGCUGCCCACAAAGAAGCAACGGGCCAAGACCGGCGUCCAGAGGGGUCCAUGUCCUGUCUUCACGGAAACAUUCAAGUUUUCCAGGGUGGAACAGGACGCCCUUGGAGACUACGCUGUUCGUUUCCGCCUGUACAGCAUCAGGCGGAUGAAAAAAGAGAAGGUCCUGGGAGAGAAGGUGUUCUACCUGACUAAGCUCAACCUGCAGGGCAAGAUCGCUCUACCUGUCACCCUGGAGCCUGGCUCUGAACUUACAGGUUGCGGCUCUCUGGUAAGUGUGUCUCGCAGUGCAGGAGCUGUCUCCUAUCGGUCUACCGAAGACUCGUCAACGCCAGAGAUCCUCCUGGGUCUCAUAUACAACUCUGCCACGGGACGAUUAUCUGCUGAGGUUAUCCAGGGAAGCCACUUCAAAACCACAGCAUCUGAUAAACCCGUCAAUGGUCUGUUUUGUUGUAUAAAACACUUUGUAGGGGGACAGCUUUAUAUCAUGAGAGAUACCUACGUGAAGCUGACCAUGCUGGACUCCAAGGGGAAGGAGAUGUCCAAGUGUAAGACAGCCGUGUGCCGCGGCCAGCCCAACCCCACCUACAAGGAGACCUUCGUGUUCCAGGUGGCGCUAUUCCAGCUGUCCGAGGUGUCACUGGUGGUGUCGGUGUUCUGCCGCCGGAGCAGCAUGAGGCCCAGGGAGAAGCUGGGCUGGGUCUCCCUGGGCCUCAACAGCACCAGCGAAGAGCAGCAGGCCCACUGGACGGAGAUGAAAGAGGCGGAGGGACAGCAGGUGUGGGUUCACUGCCAUAGACUGCAUGAAUACCCUUUACUUGGUGGAGGUGCUAAAGCUCCGUCACUGACAGAGAAAAAGGCAACGGCAGGCUGAAAAUAAUGAAAUUACAACAACUGAAGCAACCGAGAACAGAAGGAAACAGUUAGAUUUGUUUUCCAGUGAUUACGCCUACAGCAACACAUGCAUGUACAGUAACUGUUUACAAUGUGAAGAGACUUCCAUGUUGCAUAUUAUGAAAGAUUUUCUGUCUCUGAAUCUUGGACCAAAGAGCUCGGUCCAGGACUAGCAGACUCCUCCUUGUUUCUUCUGGGCUUCCCUGGAUUUCAGCUGCCACCAGCAUACCAGACAUUUCUCUAUGCGUCAUAGCCAUUGACAAAAGAGAAUGCAACGAAAAAGACUGUUAAAAAAAGGGCCUACAACAUGCUGCAACUAUGCUUACGAGCUAUGCUUUGUACAGUUUGUUUACAUGCACAUAACAUUAUGCAAGUUCCAUUCAUCGGUGCCCCCUUUAAUGUUUGUUUUUUUUUGAUUAUCAGUCAAAUGGUUUACCAGUUUUUUGGGUGUCUCUGUUACACAAAGAGAAUCUUUUUUUUUUUUUUUAUUGUGGUGUUACAUAACUCAGUACACUAUGCAUCUGACGCCACUUUAAACGAGAGGAAUGAAACUGUUUUGUGCUCUUACAGAAUUGGACACCGCUCUCUGCAUGCCACUGGUAUCAAAGAGCAGCUUCCUUUCCUGUGUAAUACAGACUGAGCCUGUUUCACCAUUCAGCCUUCUGACAACUCAGCCAUGUUCAUUCAUGUAGAAACACGGUGCUUCCCGCUGAGGAGGAAUAUGCAAAAGCCUGCGCAGUCCAAUAAACCCCGGCUGUUUCUCUGAGGCAGUGCCGACGCCAGCCUCGGCUGCGUUUGCUGUGAGGGGAGUUGGAGUGGCGAAAUGAAAUUGCAGGAAAUAAAGGUCAAAUCAUAUUUUCUCAUUACAAGUGAAUGGAAAGUGUAUUAUUAAAGACUAAAAUAAAUAAAAGACAUCCUCUGAGAAAACUGAUUACACCUGCGCUGUCUUCAUCUGGAACAAAGCCAAUUUUUAAACCCCAAUCAGAAAAUCUAAGAGUCAAGAAAAAUCCCCGAUGAAUACUGAAGACUUCACAGCCACACCCAUGUUUCAGUAAACAGAAAGAAACUCUCUCCCCUCUCUCUUUCUGGCUGAAGAGAGACAACAAGGGGUGUGGGACACAUUUUGUAUUUCUCCUCGUCCCAGUGACGUCAGAGCUGAAUCUCUCAUCUGGGUUAGCUUCAGUUCUCCUGCAUGUGAUCCUGGGAACCAAUUUCUUUUAAAGCAGAAACGUAUUCAUUAAAAUGAUUAUUUCACAGGAUGUAAUGAAAACCAGAUGUCUAGUGUUCCUGCCAGAUAAGCAAUUUGCUUUUGAUUGCAGAAAAGGGAGUAACAGCCACUAGGAGUGCUUUCAUUACAAGUUUGGCAUGUUCUUUGUUAUAACCAGCAUUUAUAUAUGUGGUGCUAUGAAUCGCAACCUGUACGUCAAAGUUAUGUUUCAUUGUUAAUUUGAAAGUUUUGAAACAAUGCUCUUAAAAAGGUAAUGAAGACAUGAGUCAGAUAAUGUUUUUAACAAUGUUGAGAGUUUUUAUUUCCAUUCAUCUGGCCUUCAAUGGUAUUGUCUGAUGCUGUCAUCAGUCAAGUACAGCGCAAGCAGCGUUGCAGGUGGCUGGAGCCUCGCCCACAGUUGAGGAUCUGACCCGGGAGCGCAUACUUUCACAACUCCUUUCACCUCACAGAAAAGACUGCAGCCUUCCAAAAAUGUUCCUGUUCUGAGCCACGGAAAACCAGCUGUGCCACAGAUCCUAGAGGGGGGUGGGGUGGGGGAAGGGGAUGGGGGUGUGAUCAGGGACUGGAGGAACGGGAGGUUUUUAACUUCCAAAAUACCAGCUUACCCAAUCUGUGCCCUGAGGACAGGCUUAGAGUCAGACAGGUAAUUAUGAGGCCCCUGGAGCUCCAAUAAAAGUGUUGAGAUGUAAGUGAGGGCUGAGGAGCCAGACUGGUGCAGAAACACCAAGUAUAAAUGUGGGAUUUUUUUAAAACCCAUGUUGCUAUUUCACACCAGUGUAAUUAGAAAUCUGGCUCCCUCUUGAAUGCACAUGUCGAUUUAAACAUUUCUAUACUUCACUGGAGAGGUGAGAACGCAGCAGCAGCAGCAGCCACCUGGAGCAGGUUGGGGUAAAUGUUACAGAAGCUCAACUUAUGACAUUCUAGUUACAGGUUGACCUUUCUAAUAACUAGGUCAUCUUGGUCGCUAUAAAAACACAUAUGUCUGCCUCAGUGCUGCUCUCGGGUCAGUAAAAUCCCCCUUCAAGCAUUCAGUGGCACAAGCUAGUUUUCAUGGAAAUAAGCUGUCGGCUCCAUCAGGUUGGGACCUCUUUGCAAUCAGAGAUAAUAAACUACAAUGUCCUGUCAUUUUAUUGCAUGUGUCAUCAGUUUAAAAAAUCUUUUUUUAAUAAUAUAUUCAAUAAAUAUACAGGAACCAUGGA